AAAAUGGCAUCUGUAUUUCGUGUGAAGCGUCGAAAUGAUGAUGAGCCGAUAGAUGCACUCUUAGUUGCAUGUAAGAAGCGAAAAAUCAGCUCUGAUGAACCAAACAAAGAUUCGAACAAAGAAACCACUUCAAUUUCAACAGUUGUUAAAUUUGUUGGUACCGUCAAAGAUCCGGAUCAGAAUGUGCUGGACCACAUUACAAAAAAGUAUACAAAGGAAGAACUAAAGACAAAUUACAAGCAACACGUUGUCAAUCUCACCGAUAAAGUUCGCAAGGAAAGAAAAGAAUCGUCUAUGGAAAAUAGAUUUAAAGUUAUUAAUCGAUUUCGAUCGUUGAAUAAUUCUAAAACUAAAGAUACUCUCAUUGAAGAGAUAACUGUUAUUGACGUUGAGAAUACAGACUCAUGUAAAGAGAAACUGAAAAAUUCUGACAAAGGUAACUAUGUGUACGAUUUGUAUUAUACAGUUGAGGAAGUAGACGAAAAUUCCAUCGAUUAUAUUGAGAAAUUUCACGAUCAAUUGGUUUUUGAUUCGUAUAGAGAAAAUGGGGUAUAUAUUUCCGAUGAUGAUUCCGAAGAUUCUAAUGACGAGUCACAUUGGAAAAAUGAUUAUCCAGAUUCAGAUCAUUCAGAAUAUUCCAUCGGAGAAGAUGAUAUGAAAUACGCAGUUCGUAGGCUUAAAAUCGAAGAUGAGGAAUCAGAUUUAUCAAGCGAUGAUGAAGAUUUUGCUUAUGGUCUUGAUAAACACGAUGAAGAUUAUUUUGGUACGAAAUAUGCGAGAUUCAAAGCUCGAAUGAAACGUGGUCUUGAUGAUGACGACAACGACGACGAUGAUGAUGAUGAUGAUGAUGAUAAUGGUGACUAUGUUUUAGAUUCUAGUAAAAGUGAUUCCAAUGAAGAAGAUUAAAGAUUUUUAAUUUAUUUAUCAAAACUUAAUUCUUACGUGUGAAAUGUUAUAUUUUUAAGAAAUUCAUCUCUUCGUUUUGUAAAUACUCGUAAAAAAGGGAGUGAAACUUUCCUGAACGAUUUAAACAGAAGUUAAGAUUUUAAAUUAUAUUUUUGUGAUAGAGAUCUUUAUGUAAAAAAAUAUUAUAUAAUAACAAUUAAAUAGUAAAAAAAAGAAUAAAUUUUUCAUGUUUUAGAAUUAAAAGGGACUCAAAAUUAGUUUUAUUUUUUGCAUAUUUUAUAACUAUAUAACAUUGCAAAGAAGUUAUCUAGUAUUACCAAUAAUAUAAUAUAAUAAUCUAGAUAAUCAUCACGUGAAGUUAAGGCAGUUUGAUUACAAAUUAUUCAAAUAUUUAUUAAACAAAAAUUAAUUAAAUUUGAACAAUUUUAUUUAGAAAUUCUGAAAAAAUGUGUUUUUUAAAAA